AUGCAGAAAUUAACAAAACUUGAAGACUUCCCUGUAGAGGUAACUCCUCACAGGACACUGAAUUUUUCUCGAGGAGUCAUCUCUGAUUUAGAUCUUUUUGAUUGUUCGGAGAAUGAACUCAUUCGGGAAUUGCAUUCCCAAAAAGUUUGUGCAGCUCAUCGCAUAAAAAUUAAACAUGGUCGAUAUGAGGUUUGUUUACCAUGGUCUGAUGAUAAGUCACCUUUGCCCAACAACUUGGAUUUGGCGAGGAAAAGGCUCGACUACACUACCUCAAAACUUAUAGCUAUGAAUAUGUAUGAGAAAUAUGAAAAUAUUCUUCUAAAUUGGUUAGAUGAAGACAUAAUAGAGGAAGUUCCUACCAACGAAACGAACUCUUAUGGUAAUUAUUUACCUCACCGUGCAGUGAUAAAACUAAGCAGCAGCACUACUCCAAUUCGUCCGGUGUUUGACGCUUCAGCGAGAUUAGCAAAUUAUCCAUCUUUGAAUCAGUGCUUGGAAUGUGGUCCUAAUCUCAUUGAGCUUAUUCCAAAUAUUCUUCUUCGAUUCAGAGAAGGACAGCUUGGCGUUAUAGCUGACAUCAGGAAAGCUUUUCUGCAAAUUAGUAUUCGUAAAGAGGAUAGAGACUUCCUUCGGUUUUUGUGGUGGGAAAAUAGAGAAGAAAAGAAAUUGAGAGUUUUUCGUCACACAAGAGUUGUUUUUGGGGUAAAAUGUAGCCCUUUUCUUUUAGCUUCAGUAAUUGAGUACCAUAUUCAAAAAUGUGAAGGAUUUGAAAAAUCUUUGAAGAAAAGACCUUUGGAGAGUUUCUACAUUGAUAAUGUCGUUACUAGUGUCGACAGUAAAGACCAAUUAGAUCGAUUCAUUGACAAUUCUAAAACCUUGAUCGCAAAAGGUGGUUUUGAUCUUAGAGAAUGGGAAUGGUCUGGCGACUGUGAAACUAAUUCAAAGGAAGAAACUCAGGUAUUAGGUCUUAUUUGGAAUAAGAAAUUAGACACUUUGAAAAUUAACAUGAAAUUACUGGAUGGCAUUAAUGUGGAAAAAGUAACUAAAAGGAGUAUGUUAUCUACAGUACAUAAAGUAUUUGAUCUUUUUGGAUUCACUGCACCAGUGAUGCUUUGUCCAAAAAUAAUGCUACAAAAGGCAUGGACAUUAGGUACAAGUUGGGAUGAAGAAAUAACUGGUGAGCUUCGUAAAGAAUUUCUACAGUGGUUUCAAGAACUUAAGCAUUUGUCUGACAUACAGAUUCCUAGGUGUGUUCAAGCAUCUUCAAAAGAUAUAAGUAACUGCACUAUUCAUACGUUUGUUGAUGGAAGCAAAGAUGCAUAUGCUGCUGUUACAUUCCUUAGAAUAGAAAAUAAUGGUCGAAUCGAGCUAUUUCUACUUGCAGCGAAAUCUCGAGUGGCUCCUUUAAGAGGCACAACUAUCCCAAGAAUGGAACUUCUUGCGGCGGUGAUUGGAGCGAGGCUAGCGAAUUCAGUUGUUGAAGCUCUUGGUUGGAAAAAUGUUACGAUAUAUUACUGGAGUGAUUCUAUAACAGUGCUUGCAUGGAUAUUACGAGAAGAAAAUUGGUCUGUCUUCGUUAGGAAUAGAGUCCAAGAGAUAAGGAAGUUGAGUAAUCCUACAUCAUGGAGACACAUACCUGGUGAUAAGAAUCCGGCAGAUUUACCUUCCAGAGUCUGCAAGGCAAAACAUCUAGUCUCCCUAAGAUGGUGGAAGGGUCCACAAUGGAUGAAAAAUGCUUUUGAAUUUCAAAACAUUAUGGGUUCCACCAACCAUGAUUGGAAUGAAGAAGAGAUUAGAAAAGAAAAGUCUAAGACGACUUUUAUAUUAUCAAAUAAUGAAGCCUGUGGUGUUGCAAACUGGUACUACAGAUAUUUUUCGAACUAUGAUAGAAUAGUUCGUCUUGUUGCAUGGAUCCUCCGCUUCAAGAACAACUGCAAAAAUAUAACUGAGAAAAGGCAUGAAGAAGAAAAGAGAUUAAAAACCCUACAAGUAUUUAAAGACGAUCUUGGCAUCAUUCGUUUGAAAACUAAAAUUAUUUAUCGCAAGGACAGUGAAGAUUUUCUUAAACCUAUUGUUCUUCCUCCGAAGCAUGAAGUGGUAAAGCGGUUAAUCUAUAAUGCUCACGUUAAGAACUGUCAUGCUGGAGUCCAGAUACUAUUGAAUGCACUUAGAGAAAAGUACUGGAUCCUAAAUGGAAGAAAAGCGGUGAAACAUGUGGUGGCCAGUUGCAUUACGUGUAAAAGAUAUAGCUCAAAGAACAUAGAAGUUAUAAGUCCCACCCCCCUUCCAGAAAAUAGAGUAAAGGAUGCUGCGGUGUUUCAGAUAACUGGCGUUGAUAUGGCUGGACCUUUAUUCCUUAAAGACAAGAAGAGCUGGGUUCUAAUUUUUACUUGUGCAGUGUACAGAGCAGUUCAUUUCGAGCUUGUUACUGCUGCAUCGACUGAUGUUUUUUUAAUGGCCUUUAGGAGAUUUGUUUCUCGCAGAGGAAGAUGA